UGCAAUCUUCCAGCAGAAACCCCAGCAGCGGCCAGGGAGAGAUACCGACGGACUGACAACGUCGGUGCAUCCCAGACACGGACCUCAUUAUUAUUUCUUGGAGUAAACAAAUUUCCAUAAUCAGGAGUUUUCAUUGCAGGAUUCGCGUCACAGGACCAGACGCGCACAUUCCUGAGCAGGAUUUGCGCAUUUCCAAUCACAACUUGUUUUUUUUUUCUCUCUCUCUCUCUCCCUUUUCUCUCUGAGAAUGCUGUUUUUUUUUAUUUUCCAGUUUUAUUUAGUGGCCCAUGUGAUAGCUUCUCCUAGGCAUGCCUGAGCGGCGAUUGACGAGGCGUUUCAUUUGAAAUUCCUGCAUUUUCAAAAUGGAACAACAGCUCUCCAAACCAGAACGCAAAAACAUGGAUGCGUGCUUGAGACGUCUGAAGCAAGAACUGCUGUCUAUGAAAGAAGCGGGAGAUGGCCUCCACGCCCAAAUGAAUUCAAUGAUGGGAGCCCUCCAGGAACUCAAGCUCCUUCAGGUUCAGACAGCGCUAGAAAGCCUUGACAUCUCGGGACGGCCCAUUAACCGAGGGCCCCCGCAGCCUGUUCCAUCAGCACCUCCCGUUGCAGCGGCAGCAGCAGCCUCAAGUGAAACCCACGUGUCUUGCUUUAGCCAGACCAUGCCUGAGGAAUGCAGCUCCAGCCCGAGUCCCGUCCCAAGUCCUGGGCCAUCUCUGGAUAGCAGAGCCAGCACCAGUCGAGAUGACCGGAGCCAGUCCCAACACAGAAGUAGCCUGGGAACCUCAUCCUCUUCUACUUCCAGCCUGGAGAGUGAAAGUGAGAGAAGUGAGAGAAGUGAGAGAAGCGCAAGAAGCGAGAACAUCCUUGAGUCAAUACCCAGGAGGUGGUCAGGAUACACAGCCCCCCAGGUGAACUUCUGUGGGCCGAUGGUGGAUAACCCUCCACCGGAGCCCAAUCCACUGGCUGCCCGCCGUGCCCAGGUGGUCGAUCUGCCUGGCAUCCUGUACAGCCUCUCCAGAGAGGGUCCUUCAUUAGACAGUGACUACUCCCAGGACAGCAUGGACGACGCCAGCGACUGGACCUCCUCACUUAUGAGCCGCAGCCGCAACCGGCAGCCCUUAGUACUCGGGGACAAUGUCUUCGCCGACCUGGUGGGCAACUGGCUAGAUCUGCCUGAGCUAGAGAGGGAAGAGGAAGAGGAGGAGGAGAAGAGAAAGAGGAGAGGGGAAAGGACUGUGGACAGAGGGGCAGAUGGAGGGGCAGAUCGACCAGACACGCCCGCUCACCCACUCCGUCUCAGCCGCUCACAGGAGAUCUGCCGGAAGUUCUCACUAACCACAAACAUCUUCAAGAAGUUUCUGCGCAGCGUGCGGCCCGACAGGGACAAGCUUCUCAAGGAGAGGCCUGGCUGGAUGGCUCCCGAGCUCCCAGAGGGAGACCUCUUCAAAAGGCCCAAGAAACUGGGUCCAAAAACUUCCAAAGGGAGCUUUUACCUGCCGUUCUGGGCAGGUGGACAGCAAAGCAAAGGCAGGCCGUGUCCACAUCUAUCUGAAGCAGAGAGGAAUCACCACCACCUUCCCCAGUUCCACCAGCAGCACCAGCAGCCAUUUCCAGGGAUUUAUUUAGACAGGAGACAGCCAGAGAGCAGGCUGGAGAAAAUGCAUCCCUUGUUUGACUACAACACAGCAGUGUGGGUCUGACAGUGACUCUCGGGCCGAGGCCAUUAGACCGCUACUGCUGCCAAACUGAGUGACAGGUGCUGGGGAUUUGGCUUGGCUGGAGGGGUGUGAAUGAGAGACUGGCAUACAGUUGUCUCCCUAAAAAUGAAGCAAGAGAUGAUGAACUUGACACCACAGCAUUUCCUCCUCCAACUCCAAGAUUAUCAGGGCAACAGUUUGUCUGACAAUCCUAAAACUUAAACGUGUGUAUGUUUGUGUGCCUAGGAGUGUGUCUGAAAGAGAUGAGAGAUUGGGGGAGAGAGAGAGACUUUUGUGAAGAAUUUCUUCUGCCAGGUUUGUAUAAUUGAACUUUCUGUGUGCAUGUAUGAGUGAGCUCCCAGGACUUCAUAACAGAUGGUACUUUCAUACGGACAACUUAUUCGGAAUGUCUCUUAUGAGUUACAUUAUCUUUCAUCAUUACAGUUCUCAAUGAAUCAUCCACUGUGUUCAGUAUUGACUUGUUCACUUCUAUGCUACACACUCUCAUAUAUCACACUUGAUCACUUUGUCUCGUAUCUAUCAAUAGAACACCAACUGUUGGAUUGCUCGGGCACUGUUUUUUAUAAACGACAUUUUGAACAGCUGUUACUGAACGCACUGCCACUAAACACAAGUUCCCUGUUGUUUCAUCAAAGGCGUACACAUUUCUUUGGGCUAACGAAGCCUUGAUUGAACCAGUCAGCCACGUUCACCUUGCUCAGGGAAUGAAUGUUAUACAGGACACUGCCGCAUUUAAACAGAGCUAACAUGUUCAAUAUAGCAAAAAUUUUGCCUCGUCUCAUCUUGCCUAGACUAUACAGCAAUACAGUGCAUGACUAGCUUAUGCCAUUGAAGACUGCGCAUUAAACUUUGAGACUUGUCCCUUGUAGUGCUCGUCAGGGAAGUUGUGCUUGCUGUUGUGCAAGAAAUUCUCUUUUUUUUUCUCUGCACAUCUUGACUCAACUGUUAGUCCUCCUGGGCUGUUGUGUCUUAUGCAGAGAGAGAGAGAGAGAGAACAGGAGGGGUAGAGAUAACACAGGCAGACAGUAGUAACUGACUGCCAUCUGGUACCCGGACAUUAUGUAAAGCUUAUCAGCCACAGGCUUAAAGAACAUGCAGAAUGGGCCCAGUCGAUCCCAAGGCUCUGUGCAUGAACUACAUUGUGAUAAUGGUGCUGCAUAUGUGCACAGGUGAACACAUUACAGGGCUGGGACAGAUGCAUGUGGACGCAAAGACACAUGAUCUCCAUCAGACAGGUGGUUUGAGUUACAGAAGAGACUGUCAUUAUGGGAUUACAGUUUUUGUUUACCUAAAUGUACAGAUCAUUGUACAUAAUUAUCAUCAACCAAACUCAGCAGCAAUAAAAUGGCCAUCUCAUGUCCCAUUGCAUGACUCUGAGAUAAACUUCAUCUUCGUUUUUCUGCACAGAUGAAUAUGUCACUUUACAGUUACAUGAAAGCAACACCGUCACACUUGUACUUAAGACAGGAGUUAAUCUUUGACUUAUCUAUUCUCUUGUAUCAUAAUGAAUACAGUGUUUGUUUUUGUUGUUCUAGUGUUAUUCAUUUCAAGGAGCUCCAUAAUGGUCAAGAACAAACUACAGCUUCCCUCACAAAUCCCCUCAGGUUAACAGAUGAUACUGCCUGCUCUGAUUAUUUGUUCAUAUAGAGGGCCACUGUUAUGCAAGGACAAUCUGAUUCUCUAACUUAUUAUUAUUGUUAAAACAGUUCAUUUCAGUUUGAUGUAAUUCUAGGCCAGUCCCUUUAGCCCACAGGAAUCAGGCCUCAGGUCUUCCCAGCAUCUUGGCCAGCCAAUCCAUAUGGUGUUGUUUCAGUAUUCAGGUCAACACAUCUACACAGAUCAGAAGGUCAAACACACAGAGACCAUAUCUGCUAAGACUGUUGUGCCAUAAGGCACUGUCUGAGAUGUCAUAUCACAGUGUGUAUAUUUAAAUGUAUAUUUUCAUUCUCCCUAUUUACAGCUCCCUAAGUGUAAUUUUGAGCACUGUCGUUGAUAUUAUUAUUCAUCAGGGUUCUGCGAACCUCAAACAGUGAUCCUGUGUCAUGUGCACUGUAAAACUGUCACUGACUCUUUGUAAAUUAAAUCUGUUUUCAGAAA